AUGAGAACUUGGAAUGAUCUAAAGGUGACUGGGGGAACAAGAGGGGAGUAUUGGACGACACUGACCUGUAGCACCACCUGUACUCUGACUGACAACCCCACCUACAUCUGGUACAAGAACGGACACAAAGUGAAGGAGGACACUUCCAGCCUGGACUCAGACUCCUUUAGUGAUGCAGACAGUUACUCCUGUGCUGUAAAAGGCCAUGAGGAUCUCCUCUCUCCUGCAAAGUGUCAGAAGUGUUGGAGUGUGACUUACACCCAUCAGAAGAUCUGUGCUUUGAAGGGGUCAACAGUGGACAUAUCCUGCUCUUACACAUAUCCCAGUUAUCAUGAGAUCAAACAAGCUUUCUGGUUUACUAAAUGGUCUGGUAUGGAGGCUGAAGAUCUGAGCUCAGUGCCAGGGUAUGAGGGUCAUAUAGAGUACCUUGGGGAUAAGGAGAGUGACUGUACCCUGAGAAUCACAGACCUGAGAUUGAGUGACUCUGCUGGGUUCAGAUGCUGUGUUGGAGAUGGAUCCUACAUCUGUGUUAGAGGGGAGAGAGUCACACUGAGAUGUAGAACCAACUGUACACUGGACCCCAUCACAGCCUACAGUUGGUAUAAGAAUGGACAGUCUAUACCAAACAGCAACACCUCCUCUCCUGUCUAUAUCCUGUUCUCAGUCAGCAGUGAGGAUACAGGCAGAUACUCCUGUUCUGUAGAAGGACAUGAGGAUCUCCCCUCUGCUGAAGAGACUCUCACUGUCACAUAUGGUCCAUUGAACCCCUCAGUGUCAGUCAGUCCCUCUGGUGAACUAGUGGAGGGCAGUUCAGUGACUCUGACCUGCAGCAGUGAUGCCAACCCACCUGUGGACAAAUACACCUGGUACAAGAAGAACGUAACCUCACCAAAAGCAUCAGGACAGAGUUACAGCAUCACUAACAUCAGCUCUGAGGACAGAGGAGAAUAUUACUGUGAAGCUGAGAAUAAAUAUGGACGUCUCAACUCUUCUUCUGUGUCUGUGGACGUUCAGUAUACUACAGCAGUGUUUCCCUGGGUUCCUGUGGUGGGGGUGGGGGCUGUCCUGACUGCUGGAGCUCUGCUACUCACCAUCUACUGCACUCUGAAGAGGAGAUCCACAGGAGGAAGUGAUGACACAGCAGACACACUGAGUGUCCAUCCUGACCCCAACAGUGACAUGUACACAUCUCUGAACAUGAAGACCAGGUCACCAGAGUAUGACACCCUGGCAAAUGUGAGAGACUUGGCAGUGACACACACAGGCACUCAGAUAGAUGCUGAGUCCUCCGAUUACGAGAACUAAAGAGAACCACGACAGAACAUGGACUGAAGAGAACCACCACAGAACUUGGACUGAAGAGCAACAGCAUCAAACCAAAGCUAGGCCUCACAAUGUUAUUCUCUUACUAUCAUGUUGCUUUCUUAUCUAGGUUUGAGACAAUGAGCUUUAACUUUUGAGUAUGUGCUGGAAUUUAGAUUGUUCUUCUAAUGAUAAAUACAGUAUGUGCACUACCGUUCAAAAGUUUGGGGUCACUUAAAAUGUCCUUGUUUUUGAAAGAAAAGCAAAAAAAUGUGUCCAUUAAAAUAGCAUCUAAUUGAUCAGAAAUGCAGUGUAGACAUUGUUAAUGUUGUAAAAUACUAUUCUACCUGGAAAAUGCAGAUGUUUUAUGGAAUAUCUACAAAGGCGUGCAGAAGCCAAUUAUCAGCAACCAUUACCCCUGUGUUCCAAUGGCACGUUGUGUUAGCUAAUCCAAGUUUAUCAUUUUAAAAGGUAAAUUAAUCAUUAGAAAACCAUAUUGUUAUUAUGUUAGCACAGCUGAAAACUGUUGUGCUCGCUGAUUAAAGAAGCAAUGAAACUGGCCUUUUUUACACUAGUUGAGUAUCUGGAGCAUCAGCAUUUGUGGGUUCAUUUACAGGUUCAACAUGUCAACUUAUCUGUUUACUAUCUGUAGAUUGUAUUGCUUAUCUUUUUUAUGGGAUUUUGCCAAUUCCAGAUUUUGAACGAUGCGGCGAGGUUCAAACACAGCUAGCGAGCAUUCACAAAGAAAAUAUUAUAUCAGAAAUCAGCAGCAUAGUGAGAAACAGCUAGUUACAGUAGCAGAGUCAACGGAGGACAAGAAGCCAGCGUAGAGUAACAGUAGCAGCAGCAGAGUCAACGGAGGACAAGAAGCCAGCGUAGAGUAACAGUAGCAGCAGCAGAGUCAACAGAGGACAAGAAGCCAGCGUAGAGUAACAGUAGCAGCAGCAGAGUCAACAGAGGACAAGAAGCCAGCGUAGAGUAACAGUAGCAGCAGUAGAGUCAACAGAGGACAAGAAGCCAGCGUAGAGUAACAGUAGCAGCAGCAGAGUCAGAGGACAAGAAGCCAGCGUAGAGUAACAGUAGCAGCAGCAGAGUCAACAGAGGACAAGAAGCCAGCGUAGAGUAACAGUAGCAG